AUGGUGGCCUCUGAAUUCCCUAGAAGACUGUACACCAAAGGGUUUGCCCCGGAUAAAAGCAUCGGCUAUUAUUCUGAUGAUUAUAGGCUGGUACAUGCACUAAAGUCAGCUCUACAAGAAGAUGAAUGGGAAGAGAUUUACGAGUCACCGUUGGGUGUCUUUUUAAAGUUCCAUGACUUGGAUUUUGGUUGGGCUUCUAGGCUGGUGCACCACAUGCUGACCUUUCAGAUAGUUUGCAAGCAGAGGUACGAGAUAUGGAGCCUGAUUGGUACCACUCCAGUUCGGUUUUCAUUGCAUGAGUUUGAGGAGAUCACCGGACUCAACUGCGGAUACGUGGAUGACUUGGCUUUAACUGAUCUUGCGCUUUCCGAUGACACGCGUGCAUUUUGGGAGCUAAUGGGGGUCGAUGCCGAGUCGGGCCCAAGCACUAUCAAAAUUAUUGAAGCAUGUUCCAACUGCUCAUCAUGGUCUCGGGAUGAUAGGCUGCGGUUGGGUUAUCUUGGGAUCUACGCUGGUUUCAUAGUGGCAACGAGACCUGGCUUAUCCACAAAUGUCAACCAUGCCAGACUAGUGAUGGAUCUCGAAGGUUUUAAGGAGUUUCCAUGGGGAAGAAUUGCUUUUCAGCAUUUGAUCAAGUCUGUUAAGGAGAAAGAUCUCAGCAAAAACAUUCAUAUAGAAGGAUUUGUGCAAGCUCUUCAAGUGUGGGUGUACUAUGCUCUGCCGGAUUUUGCUGCUGAAUUUAGCGAACCAUUGCCAAAUGAUAUUCAACCUCUUCUGCUGGCUUACAAAGGAUCAAGAGGACGAAAGAACGCCAAAGCUAACAUGCUAAAACAGGCUCGCAUACAGUGCUGCGUGGCUAAGGACUUGGCGGAUAUGUUUCCCGUGUGGGAUGAUGACGAACAGGAUCCAGAUAUUGUCAAGAUUGUCAAUGCAAUCCAUGACCCCCAUUUCAAGUUCUCAAAAAACCAUUGGCCUUUGGAAGGUGUUUUGGGUGCACACAUUGUCAAGGCAGAAGCCGGAAAGAGGAGCCUUCCCUCAGAUGAAUCAAGUCGCAAGAGACCCUGCACAACUUCUACCUCUGCCGCCUCAUUCGUUGGUGAUGAAAGGGUCGGAGUUGUCGCUACUAUGAAAGCGCACUUCGACCAAUGCUUCAAAAGCUUUUCCACCAAGAUGCUGAAUGGUCUUGGUAGCUGUGAAAAGCAGAUCAAACUUCUCACCGUGAAGGUUGAAUCUGUAGAGCGCGCAGUAGAGGAGUUGACUACAGGGUCGGCGAAGCACACUGAGGAAGAGGUUAAAGACAAUGUAGAGCCAACCCAGCAGCAGGGCGGCACUGGAUCCAAGAAGCAUGAAGGGAGUAAUUCAGAUAAAGAUGAUGCUCCGAUGAAAGAUAAUGUCAACGUUGGUGCGUGUGAGAGUGUUAACGCCCCCGGGGAUGCAAAAGGAAAGAACGCUGCCAUGAAGGAAGAAGAGGCCCCAGAGCCUACCAAAAAUGCCAAAGCCAGAGCAGCGGCUCAGUUAGUUGCUCGAGCAACGAGUGCCAGACACCAACAGCUGGCUGCGACACAGAAGAGUCCGUUCUUAGGAAACAGCACCGCAAAGUCCAUCAUUCCAUCGUCGGCAUCUCACUCCGGCCGUAUCCGUGGAUAUGAUCCUUUCGAUCAAACCGGUGUCAAGGCGAAGCAUACCACUCUAAUGAACUUUCUGAAAUCAAACCCUGCCUGGCCAAGACGCCCAAAAAAAUCUUCGAUCGACUGGUAUUACAUUCUCCGGACACCGACGAAAUGGCUAGCUGAUACGCAUAUGGAAGCUUACAUUAACAUACUCAGGCUGCGAUUAUCCAAGCAUCCGGAGUGGUUUGUAUCCGACCGGAUUUGCUUCCUCAACUCCAUGUUUGCUACUGUUUGGAGGCGUGACUACAAUGACUUCAAAAACUCUGAGCCAAAUGCAGAUGGGUCUGGCAAACUUCUACCGCCUGGAGCGUAUUCGUACUACACUGGCGAAUUACCUAUCUACUGCCAGACUAAGAAGACGUGGGCAUAUGAUGUCGACUAUUUGUACUCCAUGUUGCACAUCAAGGAGGACCAUUGGGUAGCUAUAUGGGUUUCAUUUGUGACGAGGCAUAUCACGAUAUGGGAUAGUCAUGCGGGAACCAAACAUGCAUCUGACGCCCAAAUUGACGAAGCUGUGGAGCCUCUUGCUGUUAUGAUACCCUACCUACUUCAGACCUGUGCACCUGACGAUGACAAGUGGAGAUUCCCCUACACGCCGUUCACCCAUUCACGAGUACCAGGUACGGAGAUACCUCAAAACAUUCAGAGUGAUGAUUGCGGAGUGUAUUGCUUCAAGUACAUCGAGUGUCAUGCUUUGGAUUUGCCAUUUCCUCUAGAACUCUGUGAUAAAAACAUUCGAAAAAUCAGGGAGAAAAUGGCUGCAGAGAUCUUUGACGAAAUAGGUGCUAGGGGCCAUGAUAAGCUAGAUACAACCGGGCUGGAUGUCUAUGAUAGGAAAGCUUAG